UGUUAUCCGGACGCACUCCGCUCCUCUGAGUUUUUCUCUUUUUCCCCCGGUUUUUUUCGCGUGUUGCCCCGGUUUUUUCUCUCCGUCUCUCCGGCCCCCCUCGCCUCGCGUCUUGGGGUUUUUUGCCCGGGCAGCGCCGCAAAUGCGUGAAGGAGGAGAGCUCCGACCCUGCCAAGACGCGAUCAAUCGGCUGCAGGGACAGGGACAGGGGUGCUCUUUGCUCCACUCGGCAACCUUAUUUAAUACGGUUUUCUCUUAAGCAUAAGCUGCUCCUGUAACAGGCUUAAGUCUUGUUUUAUCUCGACGAGUAUUAAGGCUUACGCGAGUGUUAGUGCGUGCGAGGGAGACGGCCUCUUCCGUGCUCGGCGGUGCGAGGGAGACGCGCGCCGCCUAAUCCGCCAUGUGUGCCACUGCCUCCGUUCCAGUGUUAAUAUCAACAAUGCAAACUCAUUGAAAAGUGUCGCUAUGUGCCUUUUAAGAAUUUUACGCGUACUAAUCAGUGAAUCCUUUUUAUCUGCCUGAUUCCCAUCCGGACGUCCGACACCACUAAACUCAAAACCAGCCUCUCCUGGCUCUCCAUGUGGCCAAAUAGCCUUGCAGCUGGGUGCAAUGCAGAUGGUGAGCUGGCUUUCCCGCCGUUCAGCAGCGGGCUGCAGCAGUGCGGGAGCUCGGUCGGAGCCGCCGUCGGCGUCGGUGUGGGCGUCGGCAUGGCCUCCUACAUCAAACCUUACUCCGUCAACAGCAUCGUUGACUCCUUCCACGGCUACACAGCAGGUCAGUGUCACACACACUGCUUCCCUCAAUUCUCAACGAAUCCGCGAAAGCAAAGGCGAGAGAGGACUACGUUCACGAGAGCACAGCUGGACGUGUUGGAGGCACUCUUCGCCAAGACCAGGUAUCCGGACAUCUUCAUGCGGGAGGAGGUCGCGCUUAAAAUCAAUCUACCCGAAUCAAGAGUGCAGGUGUGGUUCAAGAACCGGCGGGCGAAGUGCCGGCAGCAAGUGAAGCAGCAUCAGCAGCAGCACAACGGGAGCGGGGGCGGGGGCGGCGAGAAGACGUCGAGUCGCCACGGAAGCAAGAGCAAAGGCGCCUCGGGCAACAGCACCUCCAACGCCAACGCGGUGUCCUCCAAGGCCGGCACCGGGGGCACCGGGGGGGCCGGACACCCGACGAGCACCGCCCCCACCCCCACGGCCCCCUCGCUCUCCUUCAACACCAACACCACCAGCUCCUCGGCCAGCUCGCCCCUCGUCCCCUCCACGCCACACCACCGGGGGGUCGACUCCCCCGCCACCCCCACGCACUCGCCCUACAUCAAACCUCUGCUCAGUGCUACGCCGCCCAUACCCUCCGUUUACACCUCAGUUGCAAAUGCAUCAAUAUGGAGUCCUGCAAUUUUAGAUUCAUGUAUAGAUAGAUCACCAUCGGGAUCUGGAUACAGUGGUGGGUCCACCAACACCGUCAAUAGUGCUGUCACCACUUAUCCUAACUCCCAUCAUCACGCUCAUCAAAAUUAUAAUUCAUAUUACUCAAAUACCGACUACUUGGGCUCUUCAGGGGUCAUGGCACACUCUCAGCUGUCUAGUGAAAACGGUUUGGACUCAUCAUGGGUGAAGAGAGAAGAUUCCUCGUGGUUUUACAAUUCCUCCAGCUGGGAGAGGAAGUGAGAUCAUACUAGAUAAUCUUUCUUGACUGCAGUCGUUUUAUCGUGCUUGUUGUGAUAUCACAAACAACAGACAAGGCGAACUUUAAGAACAGAACAAGAUCUCACUACUCAUAAGACUGGACUAUUGGACUAAUCCCUGCGUAUGUGUUAUAAUAAUGCCCCGUACGUAGCAACUGGCAAGUUCUGUAAUCACUAUUGUGCGCCAAUCUCACAAUUAAUUCGUAAAGUUUUUAUUUACAUUCAACCUCAAGAAAAGGUCCAAUAACGUAAUAAACCUUUAUAAAACUUGACUUGUGACAAGAACAAAUGCUUUUU